UCUAAGAUAUUGGAAAAUUUCACUCAGUUUUUGCCUGUGAAAGUCUUACAUCUAUGCAUCGAAACACUAACUUUUAGACCUUUUCAGCAGUGCGAUUUAAUAGUUGUUUCCGCCAUGUUCAGUGUAAAUCAAAGAGAAAUUCAUUGUUCCCCUCCAGCGUCCCCAGACGCACUGUUUUGCGCUAUGGCUGAAUGAGACAUUUUCGUGUGAGCUUAUAACCUCUUUGGUGUGAGCCGAAAGUUGAAACAUCGCUCAACGUAACUAGAUCUACUCGCUUUGUGAUUCCUGCUCAAGUUAACGCCUUACUAGAAACGAUGUACUCGUCAUUCUGAGGGUGGAACUGUUGGUCCCUCUGAGGACGACGGUUGAGAAAGAAAAAUUCAGGAAGUUUAAAAAAAGACACAUUUUUGGACUUCACUGAGAUUCAAACUUCAGUUCCGGGUUUUGAUUAGGUACAAACAAAAAGUCAUUCGUAAGCAACGAUGUGUUCCACAGUAUAACGGGUGUGGCCUAAUGCUUCGUCACAUCCCUAGCGUCUACUACCGUGAUCAAGAUCAUCACUCGCAUUGUUUUCUCACAGCUGCUUCCUCAUCGGGGGAGUGGGUGGAUUAUUUGCCCCAGCCUAUAGACAUUAGUACUGAGCGCCUCUGAUGAUGCAGACUUCGACAGUGUCAUGUGUAAAGGUCUAAUCGUCAUUAACAGAUUGGAUUCCACGAAUACGCCACUUGAAUGUUCCCUGUCUAUAAACGCACUUUCUUUUGAUGUCAGUUACUACUUGCCAACAAUCACUCUUGACUCUUUCCAAGAAAGAGGCGACUCGCGUGGGCCCAUGUGGCGAGGACAAGCCUGUGGGGUUUGCUAGACCUCAUCAUGGCGUCUGAUAGCCCCGGAAGCUACAAAUACCACCACCACCAAAUGCAUGAAGAUCAAGGACAUGCCCUCCACGGCAGUUUCCUCCAGGGACCCAACGGAACUCGGUUACCGUAUGGCUCCACUGCCCCUCACGGCGUCUACGGCAGUCCUGCGUUUGGUGUCAUUUCCGGCAGUGGGAAUGUCGUCGGCUCUGAACGGUUGAGUGGGAUUGGAAGUGGAGGAGGUGCCGGAGGAGGGGGAGGGACCUUCGGCAAGGAUUCUGGGUACUACGUGAGCACGAGUGACGGUGCGAGCACGUGUAGCAGCAGCACGAACGAGGCUGGCGAGGCGGAUGGUGCCGGGGGGACGCUGCUGGUGCUAGAGCCAAAGUCACUGCGCAGCUUCACAACCAACGACGAGUACCUAUACGCAAUGAAGGAGGAUCUCGCUGAUUGGUUCUCCUGCCUCUACAAGAAUGACGUCACGGCGGAGAACUUUUUCAACAUCUUGGAGACAGGCGUUCUACUGUGCCAGCACGCUAAUAAGGCUCGAGAUAAUGUGUCCAACUUCAUCUCUUGGAGCCGCAACAUGGGCAUCCCGGACGUGCUCAGCUUUGAGACUGAUGACCUGGUGCUGAGGAAGAAUGAGAAGAGCGUGAUACUCUGUCUGCUGGAGAUUGCUAGGGUGGGGGCCAAGCUGGGUAUGCUGGCACCGACCCUGGUACAGAUGGAGCAGGAGAUCGACGCUGAGCUGGCCGGAGAGGAACCCAGGCCUCAAGUACAGAUCAAGACAUGCGACAUGAGGUCCCUGGAUGAGCGGGUUCGGGACCUCAUCGGCCGAUGCACGUGCCCCGUACAGUUCCCCAUGAUCAAGGUCGGAGAGGGAAAGUACAAGAUUGGGGAUUCCCGCAGUCUUAUUUUUGUUCGGAUUCUUCGAAACCACGUGAUGGUCCGAGUCGGAGGAGGGUGGGACACCUUGGAAAACUACCUCAACAAACACGACCCGUGCCAGUGCAACUACAGAG